AUGUUGAUGCGAGGAGAUUUUGAUUUGAACUCUGUACAGCGAUAUGCAGAUUCAUUUCAAGAAGUCAUAAAGCAGACAAUCCUCAAGCAGGAGGUUAUAUUUAGGACUCAGGUCCAUGAGCUACAUCAGUUAUAUAGGACACAGAAAACACUGAUGAAGGAUCUUGGUUGUACGGGGUGUGGUGGAUACAACUCAUGGGAUGCAAAUGUACAAUCAUUUCUACCACCUUUUACAAAUCCCAAAAGAGUUGAACUGCUGGUGAAAGAAACAGGAAGUUCCUCAAUUUCUAAGGUGGGUUCAACAACUUUUGCAAGCGAGCAUUUGUUAGAUGGGUGCCAAGACGCAUUUUAUAGGCUUAAGCAGAGGCAUCUUGAUCUUCAUCUUUCUGCUGAUGAAUUCAUCAACCAUGUUGACGAGGAUCUCCUAAACAAAGGACAUGCUUGGAAUCAUCGUUUAGAAGAACCUGUAGACUUUAAGCACCCUCACUCCGCUAAUCACUCUCCAGGUACAGAGGAGUUGAAGCUUUCCCUGACCACUAGAGAUGAUUAUAGGAGAAAACAAGGUACAUUGAGGACUUGGUUUGAUAAGAAAACUCAUCAGUACUGUUCUGUGAUUGAUUUGGAAUCAGACGAUAAUGCAAAAUGCACACCUUCUGUUGGCUAUGCUGCUCCAGAAACUUAUUCCUCAGGCAAGCACAAGUCACAAUUUUCUGCCUUCUCUAGUUUAAUCUUCUCAACUAGUGCACAGAAAGAUCCAUCUGUUGAGAUUGCAGAAAACAAUUCUUUUCAAGAACUUAGUGAAUGCUACCAAGAGCAGGCCUCUUCUAAUGAAGGAAUUAUGGAGUGCCAUGAUGAUAUCCUGCGUAAUAAUCUUUCAACCAAAAUGCAACAGUCCACUUCACAUCAAGGAGCUGAUUUGGAUCUUAACAAAGCUUACCUUGACGACUCAUCAUGUUUCUCAAAUGAUCCUCUAUUGGCCUAUCCUUCACCAGCCAGAUCAGCAGGUGUCUCCGCCGUAGUUAUUGAGAGCAUGCAGGAAGAAACCUGCCCAACCACAUUUUUGGAGAAACAGAUCAAUAGCUGCUCAAAUGAAAUUUCUGACAUGGUUGCAGAAUAUAAUUUCGUAAAUGAUACUCAAGUAGAUCUAAACAGCACAACUAGGAGUACAGAUGUUUGGACCAGAAAUUCUGAGCACAAUGUAAUAAGUGGCAGUGUAGCGAACCUUACAGGCCCAGAGCCCAUGUCCAGAUCCCCAGUAGACAUUUCUGAAGACCUUGGCAGCUACAGUGGCGACCACAAUAAUGAUACUGUUGUGCUGAAGGCGAAACUUGCAAAUUGUCUUCUACAUGAUUUAAAUCAAAUGCCUAUAGCAACUAGAGAACUGAGCUCUGAGAAAAGCCAAGUGGAAGAUGCAGUCUUUUCACUUAUUGAUCAGUGUCAAAAUGAUGGACAUGGCAAUCAAUCUCCUGUUUCAUGCAAGUCUGGCAUUUAUGAUAAUGAUUCAAACAGUGGAAAGACAGUGCACUGUGGCAGUAUGUCUGGUGAUGCGAACACGGAUUUGAAAACCCACUUAGGGUCGCAAGUUGCUGAUGCCUCAUCAGAUGAGCAUGACACAAGAACUUCUGACAGUUGUGAUUUGAAAAAUGAAUGCUACAACAAGAAAGAAGAAUCAGCUGAAGUGGAUGUUUUGAUGAAAAGAGCAGCUGAAUCACUUGUAAAUAUCUCUUUGGAGAAUUCAGUUUUCUAUCAAGAUUCUUCUGCCAAAGAAGGAUCCAAGGAGACGAGGAACGAGACAAGGGAGCAGCCACAGUAUACUUGUGAUUCUUUCGAGCAAAUGGUUAUGGAUCUAAAGGAGAGCAAAGUGGAUGAAAAUUCUGUGACAUCAAAGCCAUAUGAAGUAAAUGAUGUGGAGACAAAAGAUUUUGGUUCUAAGUUGAGACGGGGAAGGAGAAUGAAAGAUUUCCAAAAGGAGAUACUGCCUGCUCUGGCAUCUCUUUCUAGGCAUGAAAUUCAUGAAGAUAUAAACAUUAUUGAGGGAGUUUUAAGAUCAAGAGAAUACCGCAAAAUUAGAGGCAAGAUGGCAACAAAUGGAGAGAACUGGUCUCCAAUGGUGAGAAGUAGACGGUCAAGACUCAAUCAUGUUGGACGGAGAAAUUAUUCAUCAAAGUUCAACUAG